UUGUUGUUUCGUAUCCAAAGAUGGCUGCAUGCACGAUCUUGUUGAUUUACGUUAUGAUGUGCUAUUAAUUUAGCAAAAGUAGCAGCACCGUCUACGUUAACUGUAUUCUCACAAAAUGGAUAAAGAAUCUUUGUUUUCCUUGGAAGUUGUGGUUGAAAAAUUAUAUAUUCCUCACACGGAAUGUCGUUUUCCAUCGGUUGUAUUCAGACUGUUGGAUUUUCCCAAUAUUCUCAUUGAGCAUGUUGAAGAAGAUUUAGCCAGAAACAUUAAGUUCCAAAUAUUAAGAGAUCCUUACUUCAAAGUUCCGAAUCAGUUCGCAGAACUCAAAGAUAAACAUGGCAACUUCAUGAUUAGAAAGGGAAAAUCUUGUUUAUUCAAAGUUUCGCCAGAAACUUUGAAAAUCCAUUUAAGUAAUACACCUUUGUACAUUAUGGUUGUGGACGGCUUUGAGAAGGUGCCCAAGUUAAUAGGUAACAGCACUUUACCUCUGGAUGAUGUUAUGAACCAAAUAGUUGAUGACAUUAAACGCAAUGGAAACACAGUUCCAUCUGUUCAUGGCGACAAGGGAUUGUUCAAAAUCUACAGUUUAAUGGGAAAGGACAUCGGGUACGUGGUUCUGGGUUUUAGACUCUUGAGCCUUGGACCAGGACUGAUACCACACAUACCUGAUUCUGCAAUUGCUAAACGAGAAAGCAAUAUAAUUGCUGUGAAACCUACGACUGAGACUGUGAUGAAAUCACCAAAAGAAGCUUUUGCAAAAGAAAAAAUCAAAAGUCUUACCGAAACACAAGAAAUGGGAUCCAUGACAGAGCCAGAGAAACAGGAUGUUAUGUUGCAAACAUUGGAUAUGAUUGAUAAAGAAAUACAUGUAGCAAUAUCAGAACCAAAGGUAGAAUCAAAAUCAGAUGAUAAAAGGAAAUUUCAAACCAUGUCAACUCAAACUCAAAAAAGCAAGGCUUACAGCAAGCGAAAAAGUCGAGCAGCAAAUGCUCUAGAUAUUGAAAUUGACAGUGAUGAUGAUGAAGUCAUAUUUACCAAUAUCGUUCAACCACCAGCUAUGUUUUACAAUAGUGAAAAUGAACCUACCAUAAAAAUUCACAGACAAUAUCUGUAUGAUGAUGAUGAAUCCAGUCUUUAUUCUGAUGAGUUACAUUUAGAAGACAUAUCAGAUGAUGAGAAGAGUAAAUUUAAAAAAGAACCUAACCAUCCGAACAAAACAAAUCAAGUCCACCCCCCCAACAAAACAAGUCAAGUGAAACAUGUAGAGGGAAAACAUAUAGUGAAGGAAAUCCCAGCAAGUGGUCAGACCGAUGUAGAAUUUUGGCAGGAUUAUGGAAAGAGAAUGCCAAAUGGACCACUCUUUCCAAUAUUAAAUGCUUUGCUUAAAGAACUAUCUAGGUUACAGAAUCCCCAGUUUGUACAACAAACAACGCAAAAUGUUCAGACAGCAACUCAACACGCUCAGCAAAUAGUCAAUAGAAUAGGUGUUGAAAAGAAGACAGUGCAGCCAGAAAAAGAGAAAAUUCCAGCCCCAAAGUCACAACCUGUGACAAAAGUGUUCAAAUCACAGAUAAGCAGAGAAAACAUUCAGCCAGUUGAAACCAAACUUGAGAAACAGAGGAACAAUUUGUCAAAGAAGGAAAGCACUGAUGUCACAGCUAAACAGUCACGUGGAUGGAUAAGAAAAGCACCUGAAACAAGUAUGAAAAAAUCUAAACUUUCAUAUGGACUAACAAAUACACAACGCUUAAGGCUAGCCAAGACAAAUCCAAAAUGGUUGAAAAAUAUCGAAAAGGAAGAGGCAGAAACAAAAACUGCAAAAGAAAAGGUAACUUUGAAGCCAACUAUUGAAGAGGAUUUCCCCACUGCAGACAUGUCCGAUACCCUUACAGAGGUUAGACGUCUUGCACAGAAAAAUUUGAAUGCUGAAGACACUCUAGCUCAAAGUGAUCUCUCCACAUUGAGAUCAACUGGAAAACUGAAAUCUACCAGAAAAACACAGAACGUGAGCCCAAGGAGAAAGAGAAGCAAGUCUCCAAAACAAAAGGGCAACCAAAAACGUAUGCAGAAAAAGUCAGCAGAACAUGGAGGCAAGCGCAUUGAAUCACCAGCACAUGUUGAUGAUGAGGGAUCAGAAUCAAAUGAUUCACAAAGCAUACCAAGUCAGAAAAGCAUCGAAGUGAGGAUUCCAAGUGUCCAAUUUCAGUAUGAAAGUGACUAUACUGUGAAUGAAAGUGAUAAUACUAAAGAAGAAAAAUGUCCACAGAGUCUGUUUCCGGGAUUUACAGGCCAUAAUGCAUCACUCCCAGAAUCAAUAGAUGGAAAUAUGAAUGACUCUUUGAAUGACAGAGAAAACGAUUUGGAUUCUCCUUUAGAAUCCACCAGAAAUGAUAAACCUCUUGAACACCUGAGAAAAGCUGGCAGUGGCAUAAGAUCAACAGAUGAUUUUGAUACCGGAACACAGUUCCAAUCAACAGAAGAGCCAGAACUUCAACGACUG